UUGUCACUACCAUAAGUUCCAUAUUUCCUACGGUCUUUGAAGGCACCAUGCCUCCGUCAGGACCCUAAUAUUUUCCUUUGGUAGUUUGGCUACCUCGCCGGCAGAAGUUGCCAAGUGCUCACCAAUUUUUUGCUUUUAAAAAGGAACAAAGAAUCGAGAAUGAAAUCAUCCGUAAUUCGCAGCGCUUGUGGCAACGCUGCUCUUCGGAUACAACAUGCUCGACACGGAAGCAGGGUCAGCGGGGCACCGCAGAGAUGCCAGCCGACUGCUGCGACUCACAGCCGGCUUGUGGUGCGAGCGGCGAGCGCUACGGCUAACAGCGGCACCAACGCCAAACUGGCCGACUACUUCGGAAAGCGUUUGCCGAAACGAGACGCCGGUGACUUCGAUCACUCUCUCAGAGAUGUGGUUCACAGCACCAAAGAGGCAAUUGUGGCCCUGCAGAGAAAGAAUCCAGGUGUCCAGCCACUACUUGCCAUUAUACAGGUGGGUGAAGAUGACAGCCUGUUGGAGAUCAACAAGAAAAUAGCAGGAAAGGCGAGCUUAAUUGUCACUCAGACCUGUCUUGCCAAGGAUCGCAGUGAAGACGAAAUUGUCGAGGAGGUGUUGAAGCUGAACCAGGACCCCAGGGUGCACGGCAUCUACCUCCACCUCCCCCCUGCUUCCCUCACCGACCGAGUGCUUGACGCCCUCAAACCUGAGAAGGAUGUGGAUGGGAUAACGUAUUUGAACAUGGGUCGUUUGGUGCAAGGCGACCUGAACAAAGGCUUUGUCCCACCUCUUGCUGGCGCUGUAAUGGAUCUGUUGCAGAAACACGACUCCUCGGUAGAAGGAAGAACAGUACUCCUGAUCGGUGCUGACGGACCUCUUGGAGUGGCCCUGCAGUGCCUGCUGGAGAGAAAUGGAAUGGCAGCUCUUAGAAGUCAUUCCAGUUUCAAGAACCUACAAAGACAGGUGAUGGAGGCUGAUGCUGUGGUGUUACUCGGUGCAGAGGAUCUUGACAUCCCACCCACUUGGAUCAGGCCUGGGGCCGCGGUGAUCCGCUGGGAGCCCAGCCUAGACUCGGAUGACUCCGGGAUGUCUUCAAAAUCCAGGUUGGCAUAUCUCACGGCAGCAUACAGAGUGCAGAACGUGGUGCACAGCAGCAGUCGGAGGAUCCAGGAGCAGCAGCACCGACCGUGGCGACUGCGCAACCUCAAACUGCAGCCCCUGACGCCUGUGCCGAGUGACGUUGAGAUUUCCAGAGCACAGACCCCAAAGGCAGUGGAGGAGCUGGCAGAGGAGAUCGGUCUGUUGCCAGAAGAGCUUGAAGCUUACGGCAGGAGCAAAGCAAAAGUCCGCCUGUCCCUGUUAGAGCGCCUACAAACACAGCCGGACGGCAAAUACGUCCUGGUGGCGGGAAUCACGCCGACCCCACUUGGCGAAGGGAAGAGCACUGUGACAAUCGGCUUAGUCCAGGCUCUGUCUGCUCACCUGAAGCUCAACUCUUUUGCGUGUCUACGACAACCCUCUCAGGGACCCACCUUUGGGAUCAAAGGGGGAGCAGCAGGAGGGGGCUACGCUCAGGUCAUCCCAAUGGAGGAGUUCAACCUCCAUCUGACGGGCGACAUUCACGCCAUCACCGCUGCCAACAACCUGGUGGCGGCGGCCAUCGACGCCAGGAUGCUUCAUGAGGCCACGCAGUCAGACAAGGCUUUGUACAGCAGACUGGUCCCUUCCGUUAACGGAGCGAGGGGAUUUUCACCCAUCCAGGUUGCUAGGCUGCGUCGUCUCAGCAUCAACAAAAGCGACCCUGCCUCUCUCACGCCCCAGGAAGUGUCUUCUUUUGUUCGUCUUGACCUCGACCCAAACAAGAUUACCUGGCAGCGAGUGGUGGAUACAAACGACCGCUUUCUGAGGAAGAUCACCGUCGGACAGGCCAGCACUGAAAAAGGACAAAUCAGAGAGACGGGCUUUGACAUUGCGGUGGCCAGCGAGAUCAUGGCCAUCUUGGCUCUGACCGACAGCCCGGAGGACAUGAAACAAAGACUGGCGCGCAUGGUGGUGGGGACCAGCCGGUCCGGACGGCCUGUCACCGCAGAGGACCUGGGUGUGAGCGGGGCGCUGGCUGUGCUCAUGAAGGACGCCAUCAAGCCCACGCUGAUGCAAACGCUGGAGGGUUCGCCGGUGUUUGUCCACGCCGGGCCUUUUGCCAACAUCGCCCACGGCAACUCUUCGGUACUCGCAGACAAGCUGGCUUUGAAGUUGGUCGGACAGGACGGCUUUGUGGUGACCGAAGCUGGCUUCGGGGCGGAUAUCGGGAUGGAGAAGUUCUUCAACAUUAAAUGUCGCACAUCAGGCUUGAAGCCCGAUGUGGUGGUUCUGGUUGCGACUGUUCGGGCUCUGAAGAUGCACGGCGGAGGCCCCGAGGUGUCAGCCGGCGCGCCACUUCCAAGAGAAUACAUCGAGGAGAAUCUCUCCCUCGUUAAAGACGGCUGCCUCAGCAAUCUGAGAAAGCAGAUCGGGAUCGCUCAUCUUUUUGGGGUUCCUGUCGUGGUGGCGCUUAACGUCUUCAAGACGGACACCCAGUCUGAGAUAGACCUUGUGUGUGAGCUGGCUAAAGAUUGCGGGGCGUCUGACGCCGUGCCUUGCCACCACUGGGCACAGGGAGGGCGAGGUUCUGUGGAGCUUGCCCGGGCCGCAAAAGCGGCCACCAGCAGACCCAACAACUUCCGGUUCCUCUACGACAUUGAGAUCCCGAUAGUGGAGAAGAUUAGAACCAUAGCCCAGAAGGUGUAUGGAGCUGAUGACAUUGAGCUGUCCUCUGAGGCCAUGGACAAAAUAAAUUACUAUGAUCAGCAGGGCUACGGUUCUUUACCGAUCUGCAUGGCCAAGACCCACCUGUCCCUCUCCCACAUGCCGGCCAACAAAGGCGCGCCCACCGGCUUCAUUUUGCCAAUCCGAGACGUUCGCGCCAGCAUCGGCGCCGGCUUCAUCUAUCCCCUCGUGGGAACGAUGAGCACCAUGCCCGGUCUGCCAACUCGACCCUGUUUCUACGACAUUGACCUGGACCCGCUCACUGAGGAGAUCACCGGGCUCUUUUGAGCACAUCCAGUUGCUCACAGGAAGACAUUUGGCCUCAGGAUGCGCACUGCGUGUUCCAUCAAGACUCAUCGCUGAUGGGAAAACACUCCGCAAUUGCCCCCAGCAUCUCAUAUCGCCUUUGUAGUCCGUAUGCUGUAUUUAUUUGCACAUAUUUGUGUAAUAUGCCAAAGACGACGCAGUGCUUCGCAAACCUCUCCUUUUCAGGUGUUUUAGUCUUAAAAAAAACUUUAAAGCGUAACUUGCAGGUCUGCAGCGUUUUAUAGCGACUGUGAGCUUUUUACGCGACUCAGGCACAUAAUCAAAUCGCUGUCGGACGCACAAGUGGCCUUUAUGCUCAGUGACCUUUUGUCUGAUCAUAUAUUUUAAUACCGAAUGUUAUAUUUCAUGAAGAGUUCGACAUUUCUAAAAGAAUCUCACACAUUAAUUAAUUUUUCUCAAUGACUGCAGUUGUAUGUUGAUUAUUAUUUGUUUUAAAAAUACACUCAUUUAAUCCUUAAA